UUUUCGGAGGUAGAUAGAGCAGAAUGUCGCCCUCGUUUUUCGCUGUGCUGCUGUUAACUUUGGUCCUACAUGGAACUUCUGCUUCUCUACCGGACAGUGUAUGUAAAUCUUCUCUGUGGAGUGGUAUAACGGAGUCCAUGAUUAAAACGUCCAAUCCCUCAACAAGAAGACUUACCAAUGCCAGAAUUGAUUGUUGUAAUAGUAAAAGAGAAAAAGGAGGAUGGUGUGGUAAUUCACACACCACAGAUAACUGGAUUGAGGUGGACUUUGGUCGAGCUGUAGGAAUACGUGGUCUUGUUAUUCAAAAACCAGAAGAUGCCCACGAGGGUUAUGUAAUGUCUGUAUCGUUACAGUUUAUGUUGAAGGGAUCAACAUCUUUUCAGUAUGUUUCAUCUGAUUCAACUCACCCUCAGCCUAUAGAUGCUCUCAGAGACGACACAGUUUCUACAAACAUUACAAUAAAUCCUGGACUCGUUGUUACCAAAUUUAGAAUCAACAUCCUCGCUUUCCAAAAAAGUCCAUGUUUAAGAUUUGACCCGUUAGGAUGCACCAAUUAUGAGGCCCUGUGUCCCAACCCCUGUCUGAAUGGAGGUCAGUGUAUCGCUGAAAAUCAAUGUGCAUGCCUUAAUAACUACAACGGAGCAAGAUGCGAAAAUCUGAUUUCAAACCCUGUGUGUGAAACUGCCCUUGGGUUGGCAAGCGGGGCCAUCACAGAUGAUAUGAUUUCUGUGUCAUCGGCAGCGGCAGGGAAACCAAAAGAUAAGGUCCGAUACAACUGUUGCUCAGGAGAAGACAACGGAGCCUGGUGUCCAGCGCCCAGUGAUCAUAAUCCUUGGCUUGAGGUCAGACUUGCUAAACCUAUGGCCGUGUCUGGUCUACAUUUUCUUCACCCCAGUCAAAAAGAUUCGAGCACGUAUCCUAGUAUUUACAUGGAGACAUUUGAACUGAAAUUCAUCUCUGCGAUGGACCCCAUUAGAGAGUGGCGUAGCUUUCAUGAGCACAUUCCAUCAAUUUACAACUCUACUUUAUACUACAAUAUCGGAUUGAAUCCAUACAUCGUCACAGAUGCUAUUAGAAUUUAUCCUGAAACUUACCAUAGUGCGGCUUGUUUUAGAAUGGAAGUCGUAGGGUGCGAUCCAGCAGGUCUUUGUAGUAAAGAUUUCUGUAAGAACGGAGGAACAUGUAUUGGUGUUAAUGUUUGCAAAUGUCCUCAUGGUUUCUAUGGGGACAGCUGUGAUAAACAGACUUCAAAUAUGGUACACCUUAACUUGGGAUUUACACAAAUCAUACAACAUGUUAUUCACACAAACUUGCACAUUACUUUAAACAUUCAUGGAACUGCAACCCUUGUGAACAGUGACAACGGAAAGGCAAUAAGCCUGACAGGAAACAGUUAUAUCACAGUCAACAACACUGGAUUCAACGCCUGUCUUAAGGACAUUGACACAUGUUCUUCUGGUUUCACGCUUACAAUUAAUGUGAAUCUUCAUCAACUCACUGAUAACACGUACAUUGUAUCCAGUGGUGGAGACUUACAGAAUCACAAAGGAAUAGCUCUUUUCUAUAAAGACCAUACGCUACAUUUUGUCGUUACGACAUCAUCCAAACAGUGGGUCGUAACAAUCCCGAAUACACUGAGCUUGAAUGUAUGGCAUAAAAUUGAGCUCUCCUGGAGCAAGACAUCCGGGUCUUUACUUGUCAUUGAUAAUAAUCUAGCUGGUUCUGUAAGCCAACCACAGCCAAUUGUAGCUCACCAGGUCAAGCCACUUACAAUAGGACACGGCUACCACCAUCAAGUGUCCAUUUCUAUGACCGUCAGUGGUGUGCAAACGUUUGAUUCCCAUAGGGAAAAUCUUAUGAUUAAUGGAUUGGUUACUACUCCUAGACCAACCACGACACAGCAGGCAACAUCUACCACGUCUACUACAACAGAAACAACCACCCUGCAAACAACGACAACACAAGUUGCUGCAACUACGGCUGGCUCAACAAGCAAAGCUACGACUCCUUCCUGCGAUCAACAGACGUUGGAUUUUAGUUUUAAUAAAAUUGAAGGAAACGUCUUGAUUACGCCUUCGUAUAAUUUUACUGUGUAUGGCAAACCACAUUUAACGCCUGAGCAAAAUGGAAAAGCUAUUCUGGAACUCCACAAAGAUGGUCAGUAUGUUGAACUGCCUAAUUACGGACUAGAAUGUAUCCAAGAUAUGACAAAAUGUGAUCAUGGGUUUACUCUGAGUGCAGAGAUCAAACUUAAGGACAUGAAUACCACAGACAAACGAUACAUAUUCUCUAGCGGAGGUGAUCAAGUAGGAGCCAGCGGUCUGGCUUUAUACCUCUGGCACGGUGACCUGUAUUGCUCUACAAAGAAAGAUAACUUUAUAUGGACUGCAAAGCAGAAACUGGAUGUCAAAGCUGGAGAAUGGCACAUUUAUCAAGUUUCUUGGAACAAAAAAGACGGCUUUAUAGUUUAUUUGGAUGGAAAAGUAUUCAUGUCUCAUUCAAUUGAAUUACCAAACCCUGAUCAGCCUACUGUAUACCCACUGUAUAUAGCAAAUGCGCCAAACAGCACGUAUUCCUCCACACAGAUGGAUGUUAGGAAUCUGUACACGUGGUCUGCAUCACGUGACUCUCUGAUCGGACAAGGAUGUAUUACAGAAUACAGCACUGUUCCUCAGACAUCAAGCACAUCGUCAACCAAAGUUUCCAUUACAAGUCAUAUAACAAUAUCAACAACUCCACCAACAACACAAACACCAGUACAAUCAACAACAAGUGAUAAAAGUUCAAACCCAGAGAUUACUCUAAGCUACAAUUUUCUUAAUAUUAAUGGAAAUAUGCUACAAACACCAGCCCAAAAUUUUACAGUUCAUGGACAUCCUUUGAUUGUGCAAAACGGCAAUGAGCUAGCGCUAGUUUUGAACAAAACGGGGCAAUAUAUCGAGUUUCAGAGCUCGAGCACGAACGCUUGCAUAUGCAACAUCUCGAAAUGUUCUUCAGGAUUCAAAUUUGACAUAAAAGUUCAAUUCAUUGAGAUAACGACUAACAAAUUGUACGUACUGUCUAGUUUACAAACUGGGCAUUCUGGUAUCGAAAUGUAUUAUUUCAAUGGAACUUUUCACGUUACGGUUGUGUCUAACGACCAUCGGUGGAAUUUAGCAGUGCCAUUUGAUAUUAAGAUUAAUAUUUGGCAUUUAUAUCGCAUUGAAUGGAGUCCAGUCUUUGGACUCGCUCUGUAUGUGGACAGUUGUCAGAUUGGGAAAACCAUUUCUUCCAUACAAGCCAAUGUUAUUCUACAGUCACACUCUUUAGUGAUUGGAACGUCUCCGAAGAUAAAUUUUUCCUACUCAUCCCAUAUGUUGAUAACUGGAAUGAAAGAAAUAAUUAAAGCCAAAAAUGAUUCCAGUGCGCUUGCUUACCAAAAACUGGAGCUGAAUUACAACUUCAUUAGUAUAGAUGCCAAUCACUUGUAUACUCCAGCGCAUAAUUUCACAGUCCAUGGACACCCUUUACUUGUAGAAAGCGCGAACAAUAAAACGGUCAUAGUUUUGAAUAAAACAGGACAGUUUAUUGAAUUCUCUAAACAUGCGAACUCCCAAAGCUGCUUAAAUAAUAUUCUGCAUUGUAUAGCAGGAUUUUCGUUUUCAUUUGAACUCAAGUUUUUAACAGAUCCAUCUCAUACAGCAAAAACAUACAUAUUUUCAAGCGCAGGACCGCUUCGUCCUGGAAUAGAAUUGUACCAUUUCAAUCACACUUUUUAUCUCAGUGUACUCACCACGAAGAUUUGGACAUUGCAAUUCCCGUUUGCUUUUAACGAGCACAAGUGGCAUGCGUAUAAGAUUGUUUGGAGCGAAAUUAACGGACUUGUUUUACAUAUCGAUGGAAUGCAUGUAGAGUCCAAGACUCCAUCAACAAAUGUUUCAGUGACUCUGCAGUCACAAAAUCUUGUAAUUGGUUCUCCACAUAAUAUUGAAGCAAAUUACAACCCAAAUAUAAUGAUCUCUGGAAUGACGGAAAUUGUGUACUAUGUUGAAACAAGUACUGUAAAGCCAACCAUAGAAACAAUACCACAGUACCACUUCGACUUAACUGCAGUAUCGACUAAUGUAACAACACUGACAUCUAAUAAUGUCAAUAUGCAUGUGGUUGGAACACCAUCUAUUGAUACAUCGAAAAAUUCAGCUUGUUCUCUGCAAAUAUCAAACUCAAGUCAAUAUCUGGAUCUUGGAGAACAUAGAAAUUUAUGUUUUGGAAACAUUGGACUUUGUUUGCAAGGAUUAACAAUCCAGAUUAUCGUAAAAUUCCAACAAUUGGACGAGGGAACAAUCGUAUUAUCUAGUGGCGGUAGCAAUCUAUUAGGAACAGGAAUGGAAAUGAUCUAUCAGUUUGGGCGUCUACAUUUUGCGGUGUCUAGUAAAACUCAUUCUUGGUUUGCCAGUGUUGGGCGUGAUAAACUGUCUUUAAACGUAUAUUUGAAAAUAAUUUUUUCUUGGUCUCAAAAGAACGGUAUUAAAGUGGUUAUUGACAACCACGUUGUGGCUGUUUCAAUGACAUCUAUUCCUCACCCCACUAUAAGCACCAGUAACGAGCACCUGUACAUAGGUAACACUCCAUCAUCGACCACCACCAACGUCAACCUGUGUAUCAAGUCUCUUAUCAUAUACCAUGCCUGGAUUGGAGAUUGCGUAGCCGGUGGAAUUAUACCUCCUCCAAUUGAAAUGACUACUCCAUCUCCCGUACAGACCACACCAGCGGUUCACCACACGACUGAUUACUGUCCUUCUGGUCAAUAUGUCUGUAAAGACUUAAGCACCCUAAAGCAAACAACAACAAAACGAACGACAGCUCGUCCUGCAACCACUACUAAACCAGCAACCACAGCUCGACCAACAACUACAGGUCAACCGACAACUACAGCUCAGCCGACAACUACAAGUAAACCAACAACGACACCUCGACCGACAACGACUGCCAGACCGACAACGACAACGACUGCCAGACCGACAACGACUGCCAGACCGACGACACCCACAACGACACCGGAACCCACAACAACAAAACCGAGGCCCACUGUCCCUUCGUACACUAAUAAGCCUAGCCUUCAGCCAUCAGUUGAUGGCAGAUGCACAGCUUACUUGACUUGCUCAUUCCAGGCAGCUAUUCAGAAUAAUGUCGAGUUCAUCGUUUGUUUAAAUAUUGGCAACAGAAAAUGUGUUCUGAGACACAUUGUUCCUGGUAGAACAACCGAGUACAAAUUUUCUGCGGCCGAAAUUAACGAAAACUUGUACAAGCAAAGGGUAACUUGUUCCAUACAAGCCAAAUUCAAGGAUCAAGUAGCUUUAACCCCAGUUUCUAUCAGUAAUGUUUUCGAGCCUAACAUUCAGAUAACUUCAGGCAACCAUUUACAAAUAACGGAAGGAACACUCUUCCCUAUUCCACACAUACUCGUCCAAGUAACAGCGCCACCACAGUUCUUUUGCUGCAAGGGCUGUAGAGGGCGAUGUGAGUUCAAAGUUACCGCUAAAUUAGAAUUCCGUUACAUCAUCAAGUCCUGUCCUGGUGGGAGGUCAGUCGUUCCUCAAGCUCUGAUUGGCUGGGCUGGGGAAAAGCAGUCGAGCAAGCCUGAAACAUGUGGCGUUGUAGUUAACUGCCAUAACUGGGAAAAUCCAAUAAGCUUACCAGUUUACGCAACAGUAGAUGGGUCGUAUGACCGUGACAAGACUGUUAACUAUAAUGUUCAUGCCAACAUAUUGAAUGUACAGUCAGGGUCCGUAACAACUACACCACAUACACUGAACAUUGGAAAAGUAUCCGUCACUGCUAAGGAUAAUGACCAUAAAUCCGUCUGUAGUUCUGUAAAUGACCCUCACAUUACUACAUUUGAUGGCAGGCGAUAUAAUAAUUUCCUCACUGGCGAAUUCGUUUUGUAUCAACACAAAUCACUUCCAUUUGAGGUGCAUGCUAGUUACGCAAAGUGCAGUUCUUCAUCACGAGCAACAUGCAAUUGUGCAGUCGCCAUCAAAUCAGGCGAUGACGUCAUUACCUUCACUGGUUGUAAUGGAGGUAGCACAUCUGGUGGUCACAGUAUCUUCGAUCUUCUCUUCCAUCGCCAUCACGAUCACCAUCAUCAUAGUUCUAGUCACUCGGCCCCAAUAAGUGUAAAACUGUAUAAGAACGGUCAACUCACCCCGGGAACUUACAUCCGAAGAUACGGCUGUGGUCAGAAAUAUGAGGUUCUGCUCCCGACUGGCACCAUCAUUACCAUACAGACAAGUUCUAGAAACUUUAUUAACAUCUGGAUUAAACCAUCAAGUGUAGAUCGCAACAAAGUUACAGGUUUGUGUGGCAAUUAUGAUGGUAACUCUGGUAACGACGUACCUGGAAGAGAUAGAUAUCCCAACACAUUCUGUAAUAGUCACAGACCUGCAGAAAGAAUUUUUACUGGUGUUAGACCGGGCACCUUGCCCGGAAUAACAACAUGGUGUAGUUGUGUAGAUAAUAGAACCCCCUAUUGCUCUCCAGGAUAUGGUAUUUUUAUUUGCGAGAGAAACAGAUAUGACAUCACAUCAACAAUUGUGAAUCAGGCCUUGGUUGCUCGUCCCUCUUCUCAUCGAGGACGGCGACAAGCAGGAAAUGAACAAGUGAUGCCAGACUUUGAGGAGGACGAUACAUACACCUGGGACAGUGCAAGGAAUUACUGCGAAGAGUAUAUUGCAAACAGUACCGCCUCCAAAAGUUGCAUGUCCGUAUUGAACUCCUCAAACUACACCAGCCAAGUGGAUAGUUGUGCUGAAGAUUUAAAGCUUACAGGCGAUCCUGAGUGGGCGAAAGACCAUAUAAGCGACAUAGUUACCAACUGUUUAGCUGAGGUAAACAAGCAGCAACCGGCGGAGAACGAAACAACUGAACCUACAUUUAACACAACAGAUAUCACAAAUAAUCUCUGUCAGCUAGACUGUGGAAAGAACGGUCACUGCUCAGAGGGAGUUUGUGUUUGUGAUGAGGGAUAUUCUGGUAUCCAGUGUGAUAUUCACAAAUCCACAAUACCUUUUGUCAUGGAGACUCUGUUUAACGGUACCAGUUGUGAUACUUGUGGUUGUAAUACACAGGAAGUAGAAGACUGCAGUACAGCCACUGUAUAUGGAGCUAAUUUCGUGGACUCAUCGACAUUGACCUGUCAUUACAAAUACGUCAAGAUAGAAGCUGAUGUUGUAACAACUACAGCAAUGAGAACCGUUUCUGGUGAUUUUAUAAAUAUGAAUCAGAUCUCGUGCAAUCUCCCAGAAUCUCGUGGAGGUGCUCUCAUUCAGGUCAGCAACGAUGGUCAAACUUUGAGUGAGAACCAAUACCUUCAUUUAGUGUAUGAUUCCAGGUGCUUUGAUUGUUCAAUCGCAGACGAUAUCAUGAAAUCCAGUUGUAAACUGAGAGAGAACACAUGUCUUAUUAACGGCGAAUGCCACGCCUUGCUGGAAGAGAAACAAACUGACCAUUGUAAACUCUGUGACCCGUCUGUUAGCACAUCAUCAUGGACAAACAGUGAUACUGAGAAAUGCAGACAGGAAUUCGCGGCUAUUCAGGUAUCUAAAUCAAAGUCUGAAGACGGCUACAGUAGUGAGUUGGUCACCAUUCUGGCAGCAACUUGUGGUGUCAUUGGAUUCCUCUUCCUGUUGACCCUAUUCUACAUAUGUAAACAAAAAGAGAGACUGCAAAGGCGAAAAGAAGGAGGUCUUUACAAUGUGUACAGAGAAUCUACACCACAUGAUAUUUCACAAACCUCAAUGAUGAAGGAGAGAGAGAUUGAAGUGCACAACCCAGCGUAUGAAGAAGACAAAAGCAAACUGUGAUUGGUGGAAGGAACAGAAAAAUCUCAUAUUUAAA